CUCCGCCGCAUCACCAGAGAUACUGUUUGCAGCAGCCCCCAAGCCAUUGCGUCCCACCAACCCCAGUAAUGGCUCUAUUCGCUCGCUCCGCACGCCAUGCGUUCCUCGAGUCCAGGGCGAUAGUCCAACCGACCAUCCGCCGCGCAGGAAUAACAACCGUAUCGCACAACCUCGACACAUCAAAUACCCCCGAACCGCUCAUCCAAUCCGGCCACCGCAUAUCAGACGAAGCCAAAGAGCGCGCUCAAACACCACAGCCUCUCCUCAGCGAUGCCCCUACGCCCGCUUCCUCAAACGAUGUCAAAGCCUCACCACACGCCCGCUCAGACAUCCUCUCGCAAACCCUCACACCCUCCAUCCGCAAGCUCCUCCCUCUCCUACAGACCCAGCCAGCACACUACAUAACCGCACAUCUCCAUGGCCGUCCAUAUCUUCUGACUCGCGGCGACACACUUCGCCUCCCCUUCCAAAUGCCACAUGUACGCCCCGGCGACAUUCUGCGCUUGAACCGCGCUACACACAUUGGAUCGCGAGACUACACAUUAAAAGCGCCGGAGCCUGUCAAGGGAAACGCAGACCAUGGAAAGAAGGUGUACUACCUAGAUGAGCGGUUAUUCACGUGCAGGGCGCGGGUUGUGGGUGUGGAGAGCGAACCAUUGAGAAUAGAGGAGAAGACCAAGAGGAGGCAAAGACACACCAAACACGUAAAGAGCAAACUGCAUUUCACCGUCUUGAAGAUCAGUGAUUUGGAGGUUAAGAGUUUGGAGGAGUACGAGGCGGCAUUGGGGCAAGAGGAGAAGAAGAGUGUACAAUAGCUGUGGCAUUGUGGGAAUCAGCAAUGUCUUGUCAUGAGUCUUUCGAAUGUAUCAUAUAUGUGUCGAUACCAUGAGCACGCUGGCCGCAGAGUUGUCAGACCGACGCAAUCUGUUUGGAAUCAGAACGACGUCUUAGGCUCUUAUGCUCGUAUUCAUCAUGUCUAAGUGUACACUGGGUAUAUGCGAUCCCUUGACGCCGUU